CAUUUUUCACAUCCCUAAUAAUUUUGUGUUUCUUCUGUUGUUAUUGUCAAUUUUCGCGUCGCCAUCCUGGGCCCGUGGAUGCGAAACUCCCACGAACAGGAGCCAUCAAACCGCUGGAUGUCCUCCUGCCCGCCUGCCCUGGCAGCAAUCUUUGGAUCCGGACGGAUGAGCAGUUCUCACCAAUUGCGUGUUUUCUUAACUCCACACCGAAAAGGAUCCCCGAGCUUCGGUUUGAGAGCCACUGGCCUCCAAUUUGGAGCGGCAAUAGGAGUUCCUGGCCAUGGAUAAGGGCUCGGCGGGGUCCAAGAGAUCCUACGCGGCCCGCAAUGGAUCGCAGGAGGAGAAGGCGAAGCGGAAGGAGCAGCCACUAAAGGCGGGGGAAGCGCUGGCUGCCAAGGAAUCUACAGUGAAGAAGGAGCCUGCUGAGCCCGCCGUCAAGGCUGAUCCCUCCGUCAAGGCUGAACCCACCACGGCCACCGCCUCAUCCAUUCCGGCGAUUGACAAACUGCGCCGCUUCUGCUUCAUUGGCUCGACGGAUUCGCCCGUUUACACCGUCCCCACCCUGGACAUCAUCGUGGAGAGCAACUAUGCGGUGCUGCAGGAUCUGUGCGGCAAGGUGGCCGAGUCCGAGCUGGUGGAGUGCCUUGCCAGUGUCCUGGGCAGCGGGCCGAACGCGGAGCAUUUGCCGCGGUCGGACGAGCCGCUCCUCAUUCUGGCCGUCUUCCUCAGCACGCACGGCGACAUUAAGCAGCGGAAGAUCAUGCGCAAUAAGUUCGCCGAUCUUGUGGCCGGCGAGAGGGAGCUGCUGCUGUUCAUCCAGCUGGUGAAGAGGCUGCAGAAGGUGCUCGACCGAAAGACGCCCUUCAAUCGCACCGUGCGCAAGGCGGUCCUCGGAUGGUAUGGCAAGCAGUCGCUGGACAAGCUGCUGCACCUGUGGUCCGUGGGAGACGCUGCCCGCUGGUCGUCGCAUCGCGAUCUGCUGCAUCGCUGUCACUUCCAGGACGAGGAUUUCCGGCCGGAGAUAAUGGCUGCCCUGAAGCUGCUUUCCACUUCGCCCCGCGAGCUGUCCAAGUGGCCCAGCUUCCUGGAUCCCCUGGCCAGCUGUCGGCCGAUUAUCGAGGGUGUGGUGAAGCUGCGCCUGCUGCAGGAUUCCCACGAGGCUCUGCCCAUUGUAAAGAAGCUGGCGCUGAGCUGGGAACAUGUGCCGCUCCACCUGUUGCACGCUCCCUGUCUCUCCAAGUUUCUGCUUCCGGGGAUGAGCUACGACCAAAUUCUGCACAGCUGGCUACGUCUCUUCCGACGCCAUCGCCACGUGCGUCCCCUGGAGGAGCAGCUGAGGGACGAGCAAAGGCUGAAAGCGGGCAAUGUGCCGCCGGUGCGACUGCUGCUGGAGGACAUGCGUGUGAGGAGGCCCAAGAUCAAGGGACAGAUCCAUGCGAGCUCUAGCUUUCUGCACAGCGUCUACGAGAGAUCCUUUGGUCUGAACAAGGCGCUGGGCCGCCGGCUGCACAUCACCCUUAAUCUGGAGCAGUGCUACAUGCGCAAAAACCUCACCGGUCACUGUCGGUCGAUGGAAUACGUGGAUGCCUUGGUGGCCUUGGCCUUUGGCUAUUUUCGUAGCGAUCCCAAGGUGACGGUGCAGUUCUGGCACGAUCGCAGUGGCCAGCUGAAGACGCUGCCCUGGACCAAGGAGAUGUCCAUGGAGGAGGCCAAGGCCUGCUGCGAGAAUCAGAAGGUGCUCAAGAUCAAGCAAUCGCUGACGGAUAUCCUGGAUCGGGCUUUGGAGGAUGAGAAGAACACUUACGAUGUGUUCCUGGUGCUGGUGCCGGGGGCAGGGCGCGGUAAUCCGGGCAAUAGCUCCGCAAAGUUGGCCCUCCGGCUGGACGAGUAUCGCGAGAAGCGGAGCUCCAAUGCCAAAUUCAUAAUGGUGACUCUGCGGCAGAACCACGGCUCCAUGCGGUAUAGCGCCGAACGGAACGAGAAUCUGCUGGAACUGUGCAGCCUGGAUGAGCAUACGCCGCGCCUGAUCAACGCCUUUGCCCGCAGGAAGUUCUACUAAUACGUAUUUGUUGAGGGACGAUGGCCUCUAGUUCGUUGCCAUCUGCCGUCUCGCUCGCUUUCAUAGACGCUAAGGUGCUCUCCCCCCAACCACCCAACCAGCCAACCACCCACUCAUCCUCUAAUCACUCCCGUUCAAAUAGCUUUCAUGUAACAUACGAGAUCCAAACCUUAAUUAGCAUUAACCGAAGAAUCAUACUAAUUACUGGGUAAUUAAUUAUGAACAGGCUCGUUUUUUGUAUUCGUAUUUUUUUACUCGAUUUGGUGGAUUUAUAUAUUUUGAAAUCGAAACUGAAUCAACUGAACUGAACUCGAUCUAAAUUCAAUUUGGAUUAAAAACAAUCUCAAAAGCAAAAGCAAAAGCAACAAAAAGCAAAGAUACAAAGAAACAAAAAACCGAAAAACCAGAAAAAAACAAAACAAACAAACAAAAAAAAAACAAACAAAUUGCCUUACAAACAAAAAAUGUUAGUAAAACUUUCAUUUUAGUUGAUGAC